AUGGGGGAAAAUCUGAGAAGGGCUAUUCAAGAUUUGAAUCCUAGAAUUGAUGAUGCUCUGGUGGCUUUAUCUGCAGCGGUUUGUUCUGAGGUUCGGAGGGUGAACCAGUUCUCGAUGAUGGGUAGACCUUCUAUGCAAACGAAGAAAAACAUACGAGCGCUCAUGAAUUCCUUGCCGAAAAUGUGGGGUCUUGCUGGCCUUAUCUCAGGGCGUAUUGUUCAUAGGAGGAAGUUUCAAUUUGUGUUCCCCAAGGAGGAGAUGCUUUCAUCGAUUAGGGGAAUUCCAUUGAAGUAUCUCAACGAACCGGUCAUUCGUAACAUUGGUGAUAGGAUGGGAGAGGUCAUGUCAGUGUAUUUUAAUCCAGACGUGAAUGCGGCGGUUGAGUUUGUGCGUGUGCGUCUCAACUGGAAUGUUGAAAAAUUCCCUUAA